AUGACAACAAUUCCUUCAAUAGCCUGUCUAGGCGUCAUAGGCAAGAAUAAUAAUCCCCUCCACAUCUCCAUCUUCCCACCUCACUCACCACCCUACCCAACAUCCUCCUCUGCCUCCACCCCCACCAAAUCUACACCUGCCGUCCACGAAUCCCUCCGUACACCUCUCCAGUACUCGCUUCUGCUAAGUUCCACACUCGAUAUAUUUGAUUCGCGGAGUCGCAUUUCGGGGAGCAAUUUAACGGGGGACUUGGGGCUGCUGUACGCGGUUGAUGAGAGGUUGGCGGCGUAUGGGUUUGAGACGAAUACGGGGGUUAGGUUUGUGGUUUUUGUGGAUGGGAGGGGGAGGGUGGUGAGGAAUAUGGGGGGGAAUGGGGGGAAUGGGAAUGCAGAGGGGGGUGUGGGGGGAGGAGGGGUGAGGGAGGGGGAUAUCAAGAGUAUAUUCAAAGCGAUGCAAGCGGCAUAUAUCCGGCUCCUACAAAACCCAUUUUACGAUCCAGAUGAACAUUGUCCAGUCAAUGGGAAGGGCGGGAAGAAGAUUGUUAGUAGGAAGUUUGUGGAGGAUAUGAGGAGGAUUGGAGAGGGUUGGGUGCCGGGAAGUGUUUGA